AUGCAGACCAUCAAGUGCGUGGUCGUCGGUGACGGUGCCGUCGGAAAGACGUGCCUGCUCAUCUCGUAUACAACCAACGCCUUCCCUGGCGAGUACAUCCCCACAGUGUUUGACAACUACUCGGCAAACGUCAUGGUCGACGGUAAGCCGGUAUCGCUCGGACUGUGGGAUACGGCGGGUCAGGAGGACUACGACCGUUUAAGACCACUCAGCUACCCGCAGACCGACGUGUUCCUCAUCUGCUUUUCGCUCGUCAGCCCACCGUCGUUUGAAAACGUGCGCACCAAGUGGUGGCCCGAGAUUGCGCACCACGCGCCCAACAUCCCCACCAUCCUGGUCGGCACCAAGCUCGAUCUGCGCGAGGACCCAGAGACGAUCGCCAAGCUGCGCGACCGUCGCAUGCAGCCCAUCACAUAUGCACAGGGCAACCAGAUGGCGCGCGACAUCCACGCCACCAAGUACCUCGAGUGCUCGGCGCUCACCCAAAAGGGCCUCAAGGGCGUCUUUGACGAGGCCAUCCGCUCCGUCCUCGCCCCAGCACCCGUGAAGUCCAAGAAGAAGAACAACUGCACCAUCCUCUAG